GAGAGAUUCUUUUAAAAAUGGCACUGUUCGAAACAUCUAAUUCCUUUUUCUUCUGUUUGCUACAACUUGUAAGAGAAAUGAGAUCGGUGUCGUUAUUGUUGUUUUCAAUUGGGAUCUUUUUUAUUCUUUUUGAUACUUCUCAAGGCUCUUCUGUAACUCAACAAGUCGAUAAUGAAAACGGUCCGUUUACUAACAAAAUCACUGGUACGGGAAGUAGCGCCAACACAUACUCGAAAUCUGUUACUGAAGUAACAACAUCCGAUGGACAAACAAUCAGAAAAGAGUAUCCUUCUAGCCAAAAAUUAGCUAAAUCGUCAAGUAACAUGCCUUUACUCGUGCCUUCCUUUAUAUUGCAUGCGCUCUUACUUUCUAUAUUAUUUGUACUUUUCUAUUAAGUAAACUUACUACUAUUUCAUUGAUUUUUUUCUGGUUUCUAAUUGUGUAGUUCAACCAAAAGCUACCUGUUAUGUCCAGCAUACAACAUCGCAUAAUUAACCAAUCAAAUGUGUUCAUACAGUGACUUCAAUGAAUAAAUGUCUUACUACAAAUGAUUGGCGAUUAGUUAUUGAUGCAAUGUUUCAACGCAGAAAGAAAGUCUCAAAUAUCAAUCUGAUAACCUCACUUAAU